CUCCUGCUCCUCCAGGAGGUCACCGUGUGGAGGACAGGAGGAAGUCAUCUCAUCUGUUGUGCAAUGCUGCACAGAUAUAUGUAUUAAUUAUCAGCUGUUUUGCAUUUUAAAGCAGCAACAAUGAGCAGCGGUGUGUGUCACAGAGUCCUGCGGGCGGCCGGCUCCCGUCCAGCGGCCUCCUGCUGCAGACUGCGGGCCCUGCAGAGCUCUCAGCCCGGCAGAGGGCUGUCUGCGUCCGGCGGAGGAGGAACCAUGAAUGUGUUCAACAGGGACAUGAAGAAGAGGCAGAAGAACUGGGCGGCUUCUCUGCAGGACGGAGGCCAGUUCGACUACCUGAGGGACGAGGUUGGCAGUCGGGUGGCAGAUCGGGUCUAUGACAUUGCGAGGACAUUUCCUCUGGCUCUGGACAUGGGCGGUGGAAAAAGUCACAUCGCAGAGCAUUUAAGCAAGGACAUCGUGGAGCGUUUGUUCCUGACAGACGUCUCAGAGAAAACUCUGAAACAAACCAGACAGAGUGAGAUCCCGACUCAACACGUUUUAGUUGACGAGGAGUUUCUGCCGUUUAAAGAAAACACCUUUGACCUGGUGGUGAGCAGCUUGAGUCUGCACUGGAUCAACGACCUGCCUGGAGCUCUCAAACAGAUCCACCAGGUGCUGAAGCCUGACGGGGUGUUCAUCGGGGCGAUGGUUGGAGGGGAGACCCUGUACGAGCUGCGUUGCUCCCUCCAGCUGGCUGAGACGGAGAGGGAGAGGUUUCUCCCCCACGUCUCCCCCUACACGGCCGUCACAGACCUGGGUAACCUGCUGGGCCGAGCCGGCUUCAGCAUGCUCACUGUGGACAUUGACGAUGUUCAGGUUCACUAUCCAGGAAUCAUGGAAGUCAUGACCGACCUUCAAGGCAUGGGUGAGAGUAACUGUGCCUGGAACAGGAGAUCGCUGCUGCACAGAGACGCCAUAUUAGCAGCAGCAGCGAUUUAUAAAGAGAUGUAUGGUAACGAGGACGGCUCCAUCCCUGCCACCUUCGAGAUCCUCUACAUGAUUGGCUGGAAGCCUCAUGAGUCUCAGGCCAAACCAGCAAAGCGAGGCUCAGCCAAAGUGUCGUUUGGGGAUUUGUCAAAGAUCAGCCAGCCGACCAACACAGACAACUCAUAGACGCAGCUGAGCCCAAUAAACAAAUAACAUACUGCAGAUUGUAAAUAAUAUAUUUUAUUUAAACAACCAUGUUUUGUUGCCUAAUUAAAAACCAAGUAAAUGUGUUGUAA